UGCUCUCACACACCCAUCCAGCUGACCCAAAAGCCUUAUCUUUUCCAAAAACCAUUGUAAUGCUCAAAACUGUUAAAGCAUAACCAACGAGUGGUUGCGAUUGGUUCAAGUGGUAUAUGUUUGAUUGCCCUUAAUUAAUGUCUCAGGGUUCGAGUUAAUCAAUGUCGCGGGUUUGAGUAUCGUGGAUGGAGAAAAUCUUGCUGGCAGAGCUAGCACCACCAGAAUGCGGAUGUUCCGGGCUCGCAUAUGAUUUGCUUCCGGUGGAGGAUAAUUGUGCUGUGUUAGAAAAAUAAAACUGUUAAAGCAUGUUAUAAAUACUAGUCUCUCCUUUUUUUUCCCUAUUGCAUAAUACAUGAUCAAAGGCCUAUUUGUUAUACAAAUUUCGUGACAUAAUUGUUCAAGUACCAAUAUUUGUUUUGUUGUACAAGUUUGUACCUAUUGUUCUUCCUAUCUAUAUAAUCUUCUCUUCAACAAACACACCCUGCAUCAGCAAUUCAGUACCAGUCUUCCAUUUCAUCUGGAGCUUUAUCACAAAUUUUCAUCCAACUGAAUUGAAGAAGGAAGUUAAAGCAAGGACUCUCAUCCUGUUGGCUCUUUGGGUAGUGUUCUGGUUUUGAAAGCAGCUGGAUCUAGACUGACUGCACUUCAUCAAAGAUUGUUGUUAACUAGUUAUCAAUGGAUGGUCUGAGCUGGGAUGCUUCACAACUUGUUGAGAACAUACCAAUCUUGUGGAGCACUCAGCCACAAGACCUGGAUCAAAUAGACUACUCCAUGACCAACCCAUGUUCAAGUUUUCUUAAUUAUCAAAUGCAAGAGAUGAUGCAGAAGGAGCAAACAAACCAUCUAUAUCCCAUUUCUGAAAAGGUGACUUCAGAGAUAAUGAGUGGGAUGCUAAACACAAAUGUGUCACAGAGAGAAGAAGCCAUGACUGUGAAAUCAGGAGCUGGAACCAGUUGGGAAGAACCUUUCACAUCUCAAUCAUGCAUGUCCCUUUCAAUCAGCAAUUAUGUGACAGAUUUCAACAUGGCCCACCAGCAAAAACAACAACUUAUCAAUGGCACACAAAACAUCAAUGCUAGUACUACUUGCUCUCUAGAAUCAUCACUUGAUUGCUUGCUUUCAACCACUAAUAGCAACAACACUGACACAUGUGUCCAAGAUGAUGGCAUUUCCAUGAUUUUAUCUGACUGCAGAAACUUAUGGAACUUCAGUGCAGUUUCCUCUGGUGAAUCUGAGAGCAAUGCUUCCAAUGCUAGAAACAAAGACAUGCAGUAUCCUCCAGUCAAUGAACUAGAUGAAAUCAUAUCUCAAUGUCCCUCUGAUCAACAUGUCAGUCAAGGUACUAAUAUCAUAGAUUCUAAUGUUCAUUGCAAAAAAAGGAACAAUGAGCUUAUCAAAAUUGCAGCAAGUGAACCCUGCUUCAGCAUUACUGAAAAUUGUGGCGGUUUCAAGCUUAUCUCAGAGAAUCCACCACAAUCCAAGAAACCCAGAUUUGAUAAGUGUCCUGGCUCAUCAAACAUAAAUUUUCAGCAGCCAAAUUCUAAUUCUGUGUCACAUUCCAUUGAAGAACCUGAUCCAGAGGCCUUAGCACAAAUGAAGGAAAUGAUAUAUAGAGCUGCAGCUUUUAGGCCAGUGAAUUUGGCUGAGGAAGUGGUGGAAAUGCCUAAAAGGAAGAAUGUGAGAGUAUCAACUGAUCCACAAACUGUGGCUGCAAGGCAGAGGAGGGAGAGAAUAAGUGAGAGGAUUAGGGCUUUGCAGAAGAUUGUGCCUGGUGGGAGCAAGAUGGACACUGCAUCGAUGCUUGAUGAAGCUGCAAACUACCUCAAGUUUCUCAGAUCUCAAGUCAAAGCAUUAGAGAAUCUAGGGAAUAAGCUUGACUCAAUGAAGUGUCCUCCUACUAGCAUAGCCUUCUCUUUCAACCCUUCUUUUCCCAUGCAAACCCAUUUCCCUGUCCAAAACCCUAGAGGCCACAUCCAAUAGCAAAAUGAUUUGUGGACAUCCGCAUAAUGCAGACACUCCGCAGACACCUAAAGUGAGAAAGGAAGAGAAGAAAGAGAAGUAAUAGUGAUUUAUGUUGUGAUGUGAAAAGAAGAGAGAAAUAGUGAAAAAAUAUGAGAAGUAUGUUAGGUGUCUAAUUGUUUAGAUGUCUAAGUAUCAUUAGUGCAUCCAAUGCUCCUGGAGUUGAAAUAAUUAUUAUCCAUAUCAUGGAAGAACAGAUGUAAAAUGGGGUCAAAUAACCCUUCAUACCCUCUAAUUGUUUCAUCUAAUGACAAUUAUUGACAUAUCCUCAUGUUGUAGCCAGAGUUUCAAUGUUAUUCAUUGUAGACCAGGAUGUAAUUUUCUUCAGAACAUCUCUAAUGA